AUGCACUCCAGGGCAGUUUGCUCUGUCCUGCGGGGCACGCAUGGCCUCCCAGCUAGAGCUUCCUCUACAUCCACAUCAAUAGCAUGGCCAGGCGUCAUUCCCACGAGCCGCGCCUUUUCGACGACCCCGAGCCGAUGGUCCUCGGACGAGCAGGGCGGAGACAAGCCCAGCGACCCCCGGGGCCGAUCCAGAGCCGCCGCAGACUCCCUCAGUGACCUCGCCGGACCCUCGAGCGCCAACGGUUCCGCCCCGGGCGCACCGUCCAAGUCUUCCUUUAGCGCUGUGAAAACGAGCCAGACGAUCGCCAACGUCCGCACCGUCCCCCGCCCUGGCCCCCGUUCCGGCCCAGGCCCGGCGGGAGCAGGAGGUUCCAAGCCCGUGAACGUUGUCAAAGCCCCCAGUUUCUUGGGUAGGGGUCGUGGCCGCGGCGGGUUUGUUCGUAUGGGAGAGGGACGUUUGCCUGUGCAGCCAGGUGGACGCUUUCCCGGAACUGGAGUGACAUCUCCGUCGACCAGCCGCGGCGGCAGGGGUCGCGGUGGUACCUUUGGCAGCCCAAAUGAUCGGGUUGCUUCGCCGGGUGGAUUUGGAGGCGGCCGUGGUGGUGGUCGUGGAGGCCGAGGAGGUCGUGGUGCUCGUGGUCGUGGUCGGGGCGGUAGUCGCGGUGGCGAAAAAAGGGAAAAGUCUAGAAACCUGAUUAAUGGGCUCACCCCGGAAGAAGCCGAGAUUUCCAAGGAGAUGAACGCCAACUAUGAUGCCCUGAACGCAGGUACUCCCGGAAUCUACACCCCUUCGACCAACGCUGAGUCUUUGAAGGGUUGGCGUCCAGCUGUGCCAACAUCGACCGGCUCAGCAGGCAUGGUCGAAGGCGCUAUUCGAGCCAUGCGAGUGUUGGGAGGAGGUCAAGCAUUCAACACGGAGAGCGGCCCUAACCACCCGCGCGACACAGAGCAUCGCUACCACUCCGAGAAGCCUAUUUUCUUCUCGGACCCCAAGGAGCGCGACUACCUCAUUCAAGAAACCCCCCUCAGAUCCAUCCGGGGCCCCGGGGAGGAGACCAAGGAUGCCAUUAUGAGCGCUGUUGUCAGGGGCGAGUAUGAGGGCCCCAAGUUUGCCGAAAUGACGCAGGUUUUGCCAACACUUGCCAUGUUCCAUAGGCAGAACUCUACAUACAAAGCCUCGGAUGCUCAGAGAUUUGCCGAUAAGGUGGCUUCUUUACUGCCUGGAGCCCCAAGACCUGCUCCUGGCAAGCAGCCAAAAGCUUAA